CAACCAAACUCUAUGCUCCAUGUUGUUAUAAACAAAUCUCCUCUUACAUAUAUACAAACAAGAUUCUAUCCGGUACAUGUUAGUCCACGAUAACUUCCAUACACGUUAUCCGACCAAUCACUCAUCGAGUCAUCGGCAUCAUCGAUCCAUUUGUCUUCAAACACACGCUUCCAUUAACAGAUCAAUAUUGACAACAACAAUGGCGUCGGAAGAUUCAACGGCACCGGCGGUGUUCGAUACAGAUGCAGCAAACUGCUUGACGAAGGAGUUACGAAGCACGUUUCUCGCCGGAAAAACGAAGAGUUACGAGUGGAGAUCGUCGCAGUUGAAGAGCUUGUUGAAGAUGCUUGACGAUUGCGAGAAACAGAUUUGCGAUGCUCUGUUUUCUGACCUAGCGAAACCAGAGAUGGAAGCGUACAUACAUGAGAUUGCUAUGAUAAAGAGUUCGUGCAAGGUGGCACUGAAGAAACUGAAAGACUGGAUGAAACCCGAAAAAGCGAAAACCAAUCUAGGCACUUUUCCUUCCUCAGCAGAAAUAGUCCCCGAACCCCUUGGCGUUGUAUUGGUCAUAUCAGCAUGGAACUAUCCAUUAUUGUUAUCCGUUGAUCCAGUGAUUGGAGCAAUUGCAGCUGGGAAUGCUGUUGUUUUGAAGCCCUCUGAACUUGCUCCUGCCAUGUCAUCAUUGUUGGCAAAACUUUUAGGAAAAUAUCUGGACAAUUCAGCAAUAAAAGUUGUUGAAGGCGCUGUUAAUGAAACAUCUGUCCUCCUGGAGCAAAAGUGGGACAAAAUAUUCUAUACAGGGAAUGGGCGAGUGGCACGAAUUGUCAUGGCUGCUGCUGCAAAGAAUCUGACACCUGUAGUCUUAGAACUCGGAGGCAAAUCUCCUGUUUUGGUUGAUUCAAACAUCGACUUAGCGGUGACAUCGAGGCGUAUAGUGGGAGGUAAGUGGGGAACAAACAAUGGACAAGCUUGCGUAGGUCCUGAUUACAUAAUAACAACAAAACAAUACGCUCCUGUGUUGAUAGAUUCCUUAAAACAUAAUUUAGUCAAGUUUUUUGGGGAGGAUCCUAUGAACUCACCAGAUAUAUCUCGAAUUGGGCACGACCGUCACUUUGCUAGGUUGAAAAAGCUAUUGGAUGAUGAUAAGAUUUCUGGAAAGAUAAUUCAUGGAGGUCAAACAGAUAAAAGCAGCCUAAAGAUUGCUCCAACAAUUGUACUGGAUGCCCCAGAAGACUCCCUGAUGAUGAGCGAGGAGAUAUUUGGUCCUUUACUUCCUAUAGUAACGGUUGAAAAAAUUGAAGAUGGCAUCGAGUUUAUCAACUCAAGACCAAAACCGCUUGCAGCGUACCUAUUUACCAACAACAAACAGCUCAAAGAAGCGUUUGUGAGCAGCGUCUCUGCUGGGGGUGUAGUUAUUAAUGAUGUCACUUUACACCUUAUGGUUGACACAUUACCAUUUGGUGGAGUCGGUGAAAGUGGAAUGGGGGCGUACCAUGGUAAAUUCUCAUUUGAUGCUUUUAGUCACAAGAAAGCCGUUCUAUACCGGAGCUUUUAUGGAGACGCGCCAGCAAGGUACCCGCCAUACACACCCGGUAAACUUAGGCUCCUCAAGGCUCUUUUAGACGGUAGUCUAUUUGGCAUCAUUCGUGCUCUUUUCGGCUUUUCCUAGAUAUAAAUAAGUAAAAAAGAAAAACUGUGUGAAUGUAUAAUUAUUGCUACACUUUUAUAAUUCCUUUUUAAACUAUUUCAUAUCAACAUGAAUCUUGCAAGAUAUUAAAACAUUCGGAUCGUUGUUCUUCGGUCAAA